UGCUUCAAAUGCGGCGGCCAGGGCCACAUGGCGCGCGACUGCCCCAACGAAGAGCGCCAGCGCCCAUGCCACCUGUGCGGCCAGUUCGGCCACACCCGCUACCAGUGCUCCAACACGCUGCUCUGUAUCCACUGCAGAGCGGAGGGAGGCUGCACUGGGGAGUAUUUGGAGGGGGACCUGCGGCAGGCGCUCUGCGUGGCAUGCGGGCGGCGCGGCCACCUGUGCUGCCAGCUGGCUGAAGGCCUGCCGCCCCGCAAGACCUCCUGCUACAACUGCGGCGAGGGCGGCCACGUCGCCGAAGACUGC